CACACACACACCUUUUCUCUACACACUCUCUCACACACACAUUCUCUCUCUCUACACACACUUUCUCCAUCUCAUACUCUCUACGUACACACUUCCUGUCUGCUAAAUAACAGUGUCAGGAAUAUCAUCUAUCAUGGUGGGCUACUGUCCCAUCUGUGGGAAACCAGUCUACUUUGGUGAGAAGAAGAGGUCAUUGGGGAGGGACUACCACCCUCUGUGUCUGAAGUGUCAACUGUGUCAGAGACAGUUGACCCCGGGACAACAUGCUGAGCAUGAUGAGAAACCCUACUGCACUAACUGUUACAUGAAGACGUUUGGUCCCAGAGGUAGAUACUGUAACAGGAGAAUGAUGUCAAACUGUCACAGCUCAGCCUCCUCUUCCUCUUCCUCCUCCUAGGAACCAGUCUAACAACCCAAAAACCAACCAAAAUACAACCUAAUGAGAACUAACAGGCUAUCAACAAGGAUCUAUGUUCAACAAACCUGACAUUCAGCCAUCAAGCCAAUGACCAACCAACUAGACCCAACAUUCAGCCAACCAACGUUUGACCAACCAAGAAAUAACCAAUAGACAAACAAGCUGACAUUGAACAAACUACCAUCCAACCAACAGACAUCAGUGUCACUCUGAAAGAUCCCUUCUAUCAGUCAUUCAUAAAACUCCAUGAUGUUCAAUGGAGACAACGGUUGUUCUUCAAUAAAACAGAAGCUUCUACA